CAGCAGCGGAGCGCUUGAGGGGGUCCGGCGGCCGCCGUCAUGUUCGGCUGCCUGGUGGCGGGCAGGCUGGUGAGCGCGGCCCGGGCCGCGGCCGGGGCCCUCAACCCGCCCGGGGCCGGGGUGGAGCUGCCGCCGGGGCUCGUCCUUCCGCUCGCCGGGUUCCUCCGAGGGGCCUCGCUGCCCUCGUCCCGCCUGCCCGGCUCUUCGGCUGGCUCCUGCCCCUCAUCCCCAGAGGCAGCUGCAUUGUAGAGCCGCGUUGCCGGGAGGCAGUCGCCAUCUCCUCUGCUGAUGGAGAGGCUUGGGCUCCGCAGAGAGUUGCCGUCUCCUCUGCUUGGGCUCCUCAGAGGUACAAGCAGCUCCCCAGCAAGUGGCUGAAGACAAGUUUGUAUUUGAUUUACCGGACUAUGAAAACAUCAAUCAUGUAGUGGUCUUCAUGCUGGGAACUAUACCUUUUCCAGAUGGAAUGGGAGGAUCUGUCUAUUUUUGUUAUCCGGACCAGAGUGGGAUGGCAGUGUGGCAGCUGCUGGGGUUUGUCACUAAUGAGAAGCCAAGUGCCAUCUUCAAGAUUUCUGGUCUGAAAUCUGGGAAGGGAAGUCAACAUCCCUUUGGUGCCAUGAACCUCCCUCAGACACCCACGGUGGCCCAGAUUGGAAUCUCAGUGGAACUGCUGGAGAACCUGGCCCAGCAGACUCCUGUUGCAAAUGCUGCUGUGUCAUCAGUAGAUUCAUUCACAGAGUUCACUCAGAAGAUGUUGGACAACUUCUAUAACUUUGCUUCCUCGUUUGCUGUUACUCAGGCACAGAUGACCCCAAACCCUUCCGAAGCUUUCAUUCCUGCAAAUGUAGUCCUGAAAUGGUAUGAGAACUUCCAGAGACGUCUGACACAGAACCCUCUCUUUUGGAAAACAUAAGCUGACACUGUGUCAGUCGAAGCGCUUCCCGAACAGUGUUACCUGAAGGAUGCAGCAGUAUCUCCACUGGAGAACUUUUGGGAAAGGAAACAACCAACGAUUAGUCCGGAGAGACAAACCUGUAACAUUUGUAUUACUCUUGAAACUUAUUUAAAAUUAAAAUCAGUGAAAACUG